GCCACACAGCCACGAACAAAAACAGAAACAAAAAACAGAAAUAAAAACAGAAAUUAAAUAAAAAUAAAAAUGAAAGCUGGCCGCGCCUUUGGCUGCCUCUUCUGGGCCCUGCUCUAUUGUGUGCUCUACCUGGAUCUCGUCGGUGGCAGCAGCAGCAGCAGCAGCGAUGAGGAGCUGCUGGACUUUGACUUUGCGGCUGCCAAGGAUCCCGCCGCUACGGAUGACUGGCAGCUGGACGACUUGGAUGAGCAGCAGCAGCAGGCGGAGCAAAAGCUGGAAUCGAAUAUGCUGGAUUUUAGCGUGGAUCUGGACGAGCCGGAGCCGGAGCGGCAGGUGCCGCAGUUCGACAUAAGGCAAAAUGUACUCCGGCAUGCACUGGCCAAGGCGCUCACCGAUGAGGGACUGCGCCAGAAGUUCAUCGAGGUGAUGCCCAUUCUGCGCGUGCUCUCCUCCCAGCAGCGAUUGGCACUGUCCGCUCUCAUCUCUGCGCAGAUGAGUGCCAAGCAGGGAAACGAACUGAGAUUAGAACAGGUCCGCAUGAUGUUUGGCAAUGACAAAAAACUCAUCCUGCCCAUUGUCUACGAUCUGGCCAAUCUGGUGAAGAGUUCCACCCGCAAGUACCUCAAUCUGGGUUCCGAUGUGGCUGCCGUUUCGGCACUCCUUCACACGCCAUCGCUGAAUCGCAGGCAGCAUCAGCUGACGGUGGCGGAGACGGAGCAGGAUGAUAGUGUGGGCACCAUCGAUGUGAGUGGCAAGUCAGGGGAUGUCAGCGGCAGGCCAGGGGAUGCCGCCUCUCUGGAGGAUUUCUUUGAGGAGAUGCAGUCCGAUGUGCUCGAUCCACAGAUGAUCAAUGAGGCACUGCAGCCGGCAAGUAUGCAGAAGAAUUCCUCGAAUGAGAAUGCCAAGCGGGUGCGACGAUCGGCCAAUGAGUUUGUCCAUAAGUUGACCCGCUCCGUGCCCGUUUCGGUGACAGAGCAGCAGCUCCUGGGCGGCAUAGCAGGACGCACCGUUCGUCUGAACACAACGUCGUUUCAGCAGCCCAGCAGCAGCGGCAGCGGCAGCGGCAUCUCCAAUCAGUCCUAUGUGGAGAUUGAGGAUCUUGCCUUUGCCGGUCUCAAUGGCACCGAGGUGAUUCCCUUGAGCGCCGAUGAGCGCUUGGAUCUGCAGCGCAACAGCGGCGAGGAAGCGUCGUUGCUGGAGGAGCCACUGCCCAAUCCAGAAGAACUGAUUGCCGGUCCACGCUAUCGCCUGGGCAAGCGGCCAGCGCCUGGCCAAAAGUCGCCGCCGCCCGUUAAGCGAAAGCGGCUACAGACAGCCAACAGGGCCAACCGGCCCAAGACCUCGGCCAGCUCCCACAAGCCGCAAGCGGUAUCCCCGGUAGUGGUGGCGCCACUGCGUAAAUGCGAACGCUUCACCAGCAACAUGUGCAUCCGCACCGAUGAUUAUCCGCUCGAACAGAUCAUGGGCAGCAUUCGGCGGCACAAGAACGCGAUGUCCGCGCUGCUAGCCGAGUUCUACGACAAACCCAACAACAAUCUGGAAUUAGGCGAUGACUUCGAUGACUUUAGCCUCAACAAAAAGCGUCGAGAGGACGAGGGCAGCAGCGCUGGGGGCAUGUGCCUGAGCGUGGUGCGUUAUGCGCGACCACAGAAGGCCAAGUCCGCGUCUGGGGAGUGGAAAUACAUCGUGAAUACGGGCCAGCACACCCAAACCCUCAGACUGGAGAAGUGCAGCAAUCCUGGGGAGAGCUGCUCGUACCUGGCGCAGACUUACCGCUCGCACUGUUCGCAGGUGUACAACUACCAUCGCCUGCUCAGCUGGGACAAGGUGCGUGGACUGCAUGUGGACAUCUUCAAGGUGCCCACCUGCUGCUCCUGCCAGGUGGAUGGCUAUCGCCAGCAGUUUCCGCCACUCUCCUCCAUUCAGGCCAAGGACUACUCACCGCUGGCCAACUUCAAGCCGGAGAGUGUCGCCUCGAAUGGCUACAGCACCAUCAAUGAGGAGGAUCUGGACUAUGCCGAGGACAGCGAGGAGGAUGAGCUGGGUCUGGGCCUGCGCUAUCCCACCUUUAAUGGGCGCGACACCAACGAACUGUACGCCGGCGGCAGCAAGAAGGUGCGCGGCGCCUCGACCAGUGUCGGUCCCUAUCUGAGUCCGCCCGAUGAUGAUGUCGGGGAGGAGCAGCAGCGCUUCAGUGGCUACAAGAGCCACAGUCACAAGAGUCCGGGCGCCAGUUCAAAGAAAUAUUACAGCCAGGUGAGCCGUCGACGGCCGCAUCAGCAUCAGCCACAGCAACAGAAUGAGGCGCGAGUGGACUUGGAUUUGGCGCCAAGUGAGAUGCACACGGACCAAGAGGUAAACGUAAACCUAUUUGCUGGCCCAGAGAUGCCCAUCCAGCGUCUGCCCAUCAAUCGCAAGCGUAUUUAUACCUCCACCCACCCCAACACAGCCGCCGCAGCCGCAACUUCAUCAUCCACAUCAUCGUCCGCUGGAGGAGUCCGGUUUCGCGUACCACAGACCACAAGCCUACCAGCCCGAACAGGAACCGCUGCAGCCAUCAGCUCCCAUUCCAGUGGCCAUGCCACCCAUGCCCAUCAAGCAGCAGCCUCAGCUGCAGCACCAUUCCCUGCUGCAUCCCCAACAGCUGCGACAUCUCAGCCUGCCCUCAUCCAGCGCAAUCAGCAGCACGUCGGCGGUAGCAAGUCGCGACCCCGCUUCUAUGCACCCCCAGCGACCACGCCCCUGGCAGUCGCACCAAUCCCACCAAUCUCUGUGGCAGCCAGCCCAGCGUCGACUCUUCCGACCGAGCGCACCACACAGCAGCAGCAGCAGCAGCAGCAGCCGGGCGGGCAGCAGCAGCAGCAUAAGUCGACGGCAUUUCCACAGCCGCCGGCCGGGGUCUACCAUGUGAACUCCAAUUCCAUAUACACAAGCAGCAGCAGCGGGAGUAGCAGCGGGAGCAGCAGCGUCGACGGUACCUCGGCUGGGCCAAGUAAUGGCACCAAACGCAUCAACUACAACUACCAUCCCAUCAUAGACUUCUUCGAGAAGAGCAGCAGCAGCAGCAGCAGGCGGGCAGAGCAGGCAACUGCAGCACCCGGAGGAUUGACAGACUACGACAUGGAGGAGUCACGUCUCAUGGAGCAGCGUGUCUAUCCACAGCGGCCUGCGGGCAUGGGCAUGGGCAUGGGCAUGGACACAGGCAUGGCCACUGGAGUCUUUCAGCAUCCCAUUCCGAUUCCCACAACCUCCCACGAGCGUCGCAUGGGCUUUGGUGCUGGUGGUGCUGGUGGUUUGGGUGGCGGCCGGCAGGGCUUUGCCAAUGAUAAUGCCUGGCAGCCGAUGGUUGUGGCGCCCUAAUAUAAGUCGCAUGAUUCCGCCUCUGCCUCCAACUCGAAAUUCCCCCUACUACCCCCGUCUCCCCUAACGUAUUAACAGCGCACGAAUCGUGUGCUCGUCCAUGACCUUUAGUCCGUAGUCUCUGCCGCUCUCUUGCCCGCCCCCUCCUAGGCUCCAUGGGAGAGCAUAAUCAAGUAGUUGGUCCAGUUAUCAAUUCUCCUAAUCUCCCAAUCAAUUCCCCCAUGCCCCAUGUUGCCGGCCCCUCUAAUGUUUAACCCAUUCUAUGUUUAUCUAUUUAUUUAUUUAUUUGGUAGUGUGUAGUGAAUGGAAUUCCCAACUUCGGGGAUCGUCCAGUGGUCGCAAGAGUUUUAGCAAUAAAAUAUAAUUUAUGGAAAUUUUCGGAAUUGUUUUUUUUUGGCUAUUCAAAUGUGGGAAAGGUAAAGGAAUAAAUAAAGGUACAUAAAUACCUUCGAAAACAUUCAUUUCUUUGCCUAUGCAGUUUCCGUUGCUGUUUCCAUUCCAA